UUAAAAUAAAAAAGAUUACUCCUUUGCCUUUGUUUUAGACCCUCAUCCACCAAAAACCACAAAUUGGGGAAAAUCUCUAGGGUUUUUCCUCAAUGUGAUCCCACUUUCCCAAUUUCAAAUUCUUCUCCAAAGCUUCCAUCUUUUCUUUCUGGGUUGCUCGGAAUUCAACAAUGGCGGAUGAUUCCGACACUUCGGCCCUCAUCUCUCCGACUCCGAUCACCGAGCCCGGAGAGAUCGACCUCGAAGCCGGCCCAGGGGAGCAAAUCCAAUGCCGAAUUUGCCUUGAAAGUGAUGGUAGGGAUUUUAUUGCUCCUUGCAAAUGCAAAGGGACUUCAAAGUAUGUGCACAGGGAAUGUUUGGAUCAUUGGAGAGCUGUCAAGGAAGGUUUUGCAUUUGCUCAUUGCACAACAUGCAAAGCUCCUUACCAUUUGAGAGUUCAUCAAGCUGCCGAUAGGAAAUGGCGAACUUUGAAAUUUCGAUUUUUUGUGACUAGAGACAUUAUAUUCAUAUUUCUCACUGUCCAGCUUGUGAUUGCUUCAUUGGCAUACUUGGUGUUUCUAAUAGAUGGUUUCCAGCAGUUUUGGCUUCGUCUUGCAUGGGGUUUUGAUAGUGAACUAAGUUUCUACUACAUAUGUGGUGCUUUACUGUUUUUUGCUUUGCUUGGAUUAUCUGGGUGCUUCAUUACUUGUUAUGACAGAAGAGUGCGGAACGAUCUGGCUCAGCCUUGUCGUGAGUUAUGUCUUUGUUGCUGUCAGCCUGGUGUCUGCGCAGAUUGUCAUUUACCUGGGACUCUGUGUAUGUGGACUGACUGUACCACAUGCUGGGGAAGUUGUGCAAGUAUGGCCGGAGAAUGUGGUUGCUUGGGAGGUGCUGGUGAAGCAGGGCUUCCAAUCUUAUUUAUAAUGGCUCUGAUUGUGCUGGGGCUUUUUACAAUUAUUGGGAUAUUCUACAGUGUACUGGUAGCCACAAUGGUGGGACAAAGGAUCUGGCAACGGCAUUAUCAUAUACUUGCAAAAAGGAUGUUGACAAAAGAAUACGUUGUCGAGGAUGUUGAUGGUGAGAUAACAGGAUCUGAUUGGUCUGCUCCAGCCCUCCCACCUGAGCAUGUUCAGCAGCUGAAAACUCUUGGCCUCCUAUAGGUUCUUAAAGUCUUGUUACCAAAAACAAUAACAUCAUAGAUAGCUUCGGUGUCUGAAUGGCUUUAAUCUAAAAGAGGAGUGUAUGGUAACUGAACAUAUCCCAGAGGCACUUCUAGUUCAGUUGUUUUGUAAAAUCUUGUGAAAAGUGUGCCUUUUUAGCAGUGUAAGAAAUCAAGUCAGGAUAUCCCAAAUAACUAACAUGUAUAUCAAUAAUGUUUUCAAGCCGACAAAUUGCUGUUGGAAACCAUUUUCAUAUAUUUUAUUUGAAGGAAAUAUAUGAACUUUUCCUGUUAUUAUUUUCACUUUCCAGUUCUCAGUAUUAUAAAGUUUUAUGGGCCCUCCUUGUACUCACUACCAAUCUAAUUAUCUGAAGCGUUUGAGCUGUCUUGUGAAAUCUAGUAAGACAGACAGUUUCCCAUUCAUUCCGGGAUUGGCCGAGUGCUUCACUCCUGUUCCUAUACUCCUUUUAUCCCUUCGUGUACCAAUGAAGUUGGCAUUUCAGAGAAAAAAAAGACCAUGGUCAGAGUCCAAUUCCUCCGGUAUUAUUCAUUUGUAAUUUUCUCCUCAUCAAUCAAACCAGUAUAAAUACCUUGAUACAUAUCUUAAAGAUCACAUCAUUUAUGACGUU